CCUCCCUCCACCGCCGCUUCCCUCCCAGGUCCUCCGAAUGCUCGGAAACGGCCGCUGUGAGGAGACGUGCAUCGACGGAUCGAAGUGCCUCUGUCACAUCCGCGGCAAGAUGCACAAGAAGGUCUGGAACGCCGCAGGGGACAUCAUCCUCGUCGGCCUCCAAGACUACCAGGACGACAACGCGGACAUCGUCUUCAAGUAUAUGCCUGACGAGGCCCGUCUCCUUAAGGCCUACGGUGAGCUCCCUGAGAACAUCCGCCUCAACGAGGGCAUCGGAGGGCUCGACGAGGAGGACGAGGGUGGUGCCGAUGACUACAUCGAGUGCGAGGAUGAAGAUAUUGACAAGAUCUAAGGUAGCCGUGUUCUCUCCUAUCUGUUGAUGAGAUUUUCCUUAUAGUCGUCUUAAAUCCGCUUCUGGGAAUUGGGAAAUAACAUAUGUGUAUGCUGUUAAGGUCUUGAUUUCUGUGAUAGUUGUCGGUCUUGAAUAAGGUUAUAGUUCUUGUUUGAUGUGAUGAAUGGUGCUUGUAUUUCACUCUAGUGGGCUGUAAAAAUAACAUCUUUGAACAUCUUUAGUUUGAUUGUUGCU